GGAGAGAACUGAUGGAACUGGUUUGAGAACAGAGCGGACGUAGAAAUUUAGAAUAUUGACAUGUAAGGCAUUAAUCUUUUGAAAAGAUCACAUUAAAUGUACUCUUUAUACAUAACUCUUUAUAACAAAAGUUAUGCAAGAAAAAAUACAGCCAACUUGUUUAUACAACAUUUUUUAGCCAUCACUAUUCCAUAAGGUCUUCGUCAUUGCGACAUGACAGUUUGAUUAAUGUUUAAUUCAAUCCAGCCGAGCCCAAGGUGCCACUUUUGGAUUUGCUUAUUUUGUUAUGAGCAGAAAUAUGCGCAGGAUGGAAUGGAUGGUAAUAUCAUCUUUAAAUUUAUCAAAACUUGUAUCAAAAACGAAAUCUCCAGAGGAUCGUAAAUUCUCGUUUUAUAUGGAAGAGGCCUGGACUCGUGUUUACAUCUGUCAUUAAAUGAACAUGAAUUGUUGCAAUUUGUUUCCUUUGCAGUGCGUUAUAUAGGGUGUGAUUGUUUGCAUCUUGUUGUAAUUUGGCAGAUUUUUAAUUUUUUUAAACAUGUCGCAUAAUGGAAUGGACUUUGUAAAACGGAUAGUCUAUUUUGCAAGUAAAUACAGGAAAACGGCCGCAAAAAACCUCAAUCCCGCUGUGAAAUAUUUUGGCGUCUUUGUUGUUGGUGCUGGCUCUGUGCUUUACUUAUCCCAAAAGCACAGAUUAGCACCAACCUUACUUGCCUCUGAAGAACAAAAAAGAAAGAGGAUUGUAGUAUUAGGAACUGGAUGGGCAGCUGUAAACUUUUUAAGGAACCUUAAGCCAGAUUUAUAUGACAUUGAAAUAGUUUCACCAAGAAACUAUUUCUUGAUGACACCCUUGCUACCAAGUGUUACAGUUGGUACACUAGAAGCCCGAAGUCUUGUUGAGCCAAUUAGAAAGAUCUACAGUAAAUGGCACAAGAAUGGGGUUCGGUUUCACGAGGCAGAGUGUGUUGAUAUUAAUGUGGAAAAACAGCUCAUCAAAUGUCGGGAUGUAUCAGGUAUUACCAGUUCGGAUCCCGAAUUCACAUUGAAUUAUGAUAUCUUGGUUGUUGCUGUUGGUUCAAGAAAUAAUACAUUCAAUACACCAGGAGUUGAGGAGAACUGUCACUUUCUGAAGUCAAUUGAUGAUGUGCGUCAGAUUCGCAACAGCAUAGUAGAUUGUUUUGAAACAGCUGCAAUCAAAGACCAAUCUGAAAGUGAUAUCAAGCGGCUGCUCCACUUUGUGGUUGUAGGAGGUGGACCAACAGGUGUAGAGUUUGCAGCUGAGUUACGUGACUUUGUGAAGGAAGAUUUAAAGAAGCAAUAUUCAGACCUUGUUCAGCAUGCCCGGAUCACCCUAGUACACAGCCGUGACCACAUUUUGAACAAUUAUGAUGAACAGAUAAGUGAUUACACAGAAAAGCAUUUCAAGACGGAUUACAUUGACUGUGUCACAGACUCCCGUGUUACUGAAGUCAAGGAACAUUCACUGGUUAUAUUUGAUAAAAAGACUAAGGAGAAGAGAGUUGAAACCUAUGGUACUUGUGUUUGGGCCACUGGAAUUGCACCAUUACCUUUGACUAAGGAGAUUGCAAAGAAACUACCUGAACAAAAUAACAGGCAUGGUUUGAUCACUGAUGAAUAUCUCCGAGUAAAAAACAGCAAUGGAACAAUAUAUGCCAUUGGUGAUUGUUCAGUUGUGGAACAGGAGAAAAUAGUCAAGUCAGUUAAAGAAUGGUUUGAAAAAGCUGACAAAGAUGCUGAUGGUGCUCUGACUAUGGAGGAAUUUACUGGUAUAAUGGAAGAAGCAAAGCGAAAAUAUCCGCAGGUCACAUCAUACUUUUCAACGGCUUGGCAAAAAUCCUUGAGAAAAGCAUUUAACGAGGUUGACAAGGACGGGAACAAGAGAUUAAAUGUGAAUGAAUUUCGCGAAGUUCUUAAAAAGGUCGACAGUAAACUUCGCAGUUACCCAGCGACCGCACAGGUGGCUUCGCAACAAGGACACUACCUUGGCAGUCACUUCACUGCCCUACAUUCAAAGCACGAAGACCAAGAUUUCAAAAACGCAGGUUUAGAGCCAUUCAAGUACCGUCAUUUGGGUUCCUUCGCCUACGUCGGCGACGACAAAGCUGUUCUUAAGGUUCCCGUUCUAGGUAGUUUGUCAGGCUGGUGGGUCAUGUGGUUAUGGAGAGCUUCGUAUUUGAACGAAUGUGUGGGCUGGCGAACAAGGUUUUUGGUUGCCUUCGAUUGGAUCAAAACUAAAGUUAGCGGACGCGAUACCUCAAGAAUUUGAAUAAAUAUAGGUAAAAAUAAUUGGCACCAUAACUGUAAGGUUAUUUUAAAUGUAGAUAGAUUGAUGUUAACUAAACUCUAAACAUUAUUCCAAGCUUUUUACUUAAUUGCAAAGUCCCUUUGAAAAAGCUUUCAGCAAAAGAGUUCCCGGAAUUUUACGUCUUGCAAAGUCUUUUAGAGAAAGCUUUACUUAAUAGAAAGAGAGUUAGUUACAUUCUGGGGCAUUCCAAAAUCUGUUCAAAAACUGAGACUUGGUCUUAGACUUUGGAGUCUUUCAAAGUUUGUUCCAGACUUUUACGUGGAAAGAGACGAGAAUUUUGGGGUAUCAUAUCCAGCGUUCUCACUUUUAGUUAACUUUUAAGAAAAUCUCUUUACAAAAGCUUGACUCUAUCGAGGGGAGGGAGGAAUAUUUAAUAUAUUCUUU